AUGGACGACCAUCUGGCACAUUCUAACGACGACGUGCCGGACAAGAUUCUGGACUACACGAGCAACCGAGAGUCUUUGGGCCUCGUGCAUCCGCCAGCUUCGAGCGUUAGCGAAGCGACAGCAUCGACAAGUAGCGUCGGCAAUUACUGGGGCAGUGCUUUAUGCCGGCAUUGA